AUGGCCGAUUCCAAGGACCAGAUCGCUGUUCAGACUACUUCCGCCGGACCCGACACCACCCUGUCGCCGCACCUCACACCGAAACAAAAUGCCUCGGUGGUUGUCACCGCCGCGGAGGGAGAACCAGGGACAUCUGGAUCUGGGUCUGGAGAUGGAGGGGAAGCAGAACCAACGGCAGCAGGGGACCAGGUAGACGAGCAGAAGAAGGGGUUUUUGGCAUACUUCAAGACAAAGGAAUUUUAUAUCACUUUGGUGCUGGGACAAAUACUGGCGAUCACCAACACAUCAACGAGUACAUUCACAACACUACUGAACCUUCAAGGGACAUCCAUUCCUGCCUUCCAAACAUUCUUCAACUACGUCCUGUUAACUCUCAUCUUCACCCCGUUCACAAUAUACCGCUACGGCUUCAAGCGCUGGCUCCGCGUCGUGUGGUAUGAUGGAUGGAAAUAUAUAAUCCUCGCCUUCUGCGACGUCGAAGGCAACUACUUCAUCGUCCUCGCCUACCAAUACACAACCAUGAUGAGCGCCUCCCUAAUCAACUUCUGGGCCAUCGCCGUCGUCGUCAUCGUCUCCUUCAUCUUCCUCCACGUCCGCUACCACAUCACCCAAAUCGCCGGAAUCCUGAUCUGCAUCGGCGGCAUGGGCGUACUCAUCGCCUCAGAUCACAUCACCGGCGGCGACGGGGCAGCUUCAAACGAACUAAAAGGUGACCUCUUCGCCCUCCUCGGCGCCACGUUCUACGGUCUCACGAAUACCUUCGAAGAAUACUUCGUCAGCAAACGCCCCAUGUACGAAGUCCUGGGCCAAAUGUCCCUCUACGCACUGAUAAUCAACGGCGCCCAAGCCGGCAUCUUCGACCGCGCCUCCUUCCGCUCCGCGCACUGGAACGGUAAAGUCGGCGGCUAUCUCACCGGGUACACCCUCUGCCUGACGCUAUUCUACUGUCUCGCGCCCUUACUCUUCCGCCUUGCCUCUGCGGCGUUCUUCAACAUUUCCAUGCUUACCAUGAACUUCUGGAGCGUGUGUAUUGGGAUCAAGGUGUUUCAUUAUACGGUGCACUGGAUGUAUCCGAUUGCGUUUGUGAUGAUUAUCGUGGGGCAGUUGAUUUAUUUCCUUGGGAGACGGAUGUUGGCGGAGGCGAGGAAGCCGUGGCUUGGGAAGGAUCAGGAACGCGGUGUUGAUGGAUUGUUUACGGCGAGGAGGAAGAUUGAUGCGACUGUUGGGAGGGGGGUUGUUGCUAGUUCUGGUUCUGGUUCUGGUCCUACUGGUGAGGAUUUAGGUCAGGGUCAGACUCGAGAUGAAGGUGAGAGGAGGGAUGCUAAUAUCGUUUGA